AUGUCGACUAAUAAGGAAUUAAUUAAGAGAAGGGGAAAUUUAAAACAAAAGCUUACUAUGUUUGAAAAAUUUCUCACCAAAAAGCGGAAUGAAAAACAAACGAAAAAUGUUAUCGUUGAAGUAGAAAUUAGAUUAGCUAACAUAGAACCAGUCAUAGACGAAUUCGAAAACAUACAAUACGAAAUCGAAAACAUGGCUGAAAAUGAAUCGGAAGAAUUUGAAAACCGAGAAAGCUUUACAGAUUUGUAUUAUUCGCUCGUAGCACAAGCAAAAUUAAUAAUAUCACCGAGUUCAGAUAAAAAUGAAUGUCCUAAUCAUCCCGUAGAGUCAAUUUCUUCAAAUUUAGAUAGCACGCAUUCAGUAAAUGUAGAUCAAGUUCAAGUCAAUCAAGUUAAUUGUCAAAUAAAAUUGCCUACAAUAUCUUUACCCCAUUUUCAAGGGUUGUACGGGGGGUGGCUUGAAUAUCACGAUACGUAUGAUUCAUUAAUUCACAGAAAUCCUGGAAUCAAUUCAAUUCAGAAGUUCCAUUAUCUUCGGGCAUCUCUAAGUGGAGAAGCUGCACAAGUUAUAAGUUCAUUAGAGAUUUCGGCCGCGAAUUAUGAUAUUGCAUGGAACUUAUUAUGCGAAAGGUUUGCAAACACUCGUCUUGUGAUCUACAAUCACACCAAGGCGUUAUUUGCUUUGCAGCCUAUUCAGAAAGAAUCUUCUUCUCAUCUACGUCAAUUAAUUGACAACAUUUCAAAAAAUUUGCGUUCUUUAGAAUCCCUCGAGCAACCAGUUCAUUCAUGGGAUACCCUAUUAAUAUUCAUGGUAGCCAGCAAAUUAGAUGCUACCACUGCAAGAGAAUGGGAAUCAUACAAGCCUAUAGGUGAUCUUCCUACCUUUGAGGACAUGAUUACGUUCUUAAAGGGCAAGGCCGAUCUUCUGGAAAAGCUAGAGGUAUCAAAAAUUUCACAUAACUCGGACAGACAGUCCAAAUUCUCAAGGCAGCCGCAAUCUUUUCUUUCAUUCAAUGGAAAAGCCUGUACGUUCUGCAACGAAAAUCACAAAAUCUUUAAUUGCGCUAAAUUCUUGGAGUGUUCAACUCAGGAACGAAUCAAUCAUGCCAGAGAGUCCAAGUUAUGCACAAACUGCCUUUAUCCCGGCCAUUUUAGCUCCAAGUGUAAAUAUGGAUCUUGUAAAAGGUGCAAGGGCAAUCAUAACACCCUAUUACAUUUAGAUAGGCAACAAUCCACUCAAAGUACUGACACUAAUCAGCGGCUGGAGAAUGAGCCUGAACACCAAGUGUCUCUUUCGGCUCACUCGAAUGGAGGUCAAGCGAUUUUGUCUACAGCUGUCAUUCAGGUAUUCGAUAAAAACGGUAGGGUUCAUCAUUGCAGAGCUCUUCUUGAUUGUGGCUCUCAAUCAAAUCUGAUAACGAGAGAAUUAGCUGAAAAGCUAGCACUAUCAAGGUCAGAGGUCAAUAUCUCUAUUGUCGGGAUAGGUCAUGCGGUUUCAAACAUUCGAUCUAAAUGCACGGCAAAGAUUCAGUCAAAACAGUCUUCAUUUUCUACAUCUCUUUCAUGUCUAGUAGUUAAUAGGAUCUGUGAUAGAAUUCAAGCAUAUAGUUUUAACAUUGGAAACUUAGCUAUUCCACAGCAUUUAAACCUAGCAGAUCCCAGUUUUCAUGUUGCUUCAAAAAUCGACAUUUUGAUAGGUGUUGAUACAUUCUGGAAAAUCUUGUGUGUAGGACAAUUCAGUUUAGGUCCUUCUGCUCCAAUUAUGCAAAAAACAAAGUUCGGUUGGAUAAUUUCCGGACCUACUCUUCAAAACCUAAUAGGUUUCCAUAACGCCCGAGUGACUGAAAAUUUAGCAUACUUUCCUCGUCUACUAUAA